AUGAGAGCGCUUGCCUGCGAAUACUUUAACGGAGCUGCCCAAGCCAACGCUGCAGCGCCUCCUGACCUGCCCAGCUUGAACGAGGCAGACAACCGCUGCCUUGGUGUGUUCAGUGCCGGUCAAGCAGAAGAGUUGCCCGCCUUACCUUUACUUACCCCAUCGUGGUCACCUUCUGAUCUCAACUUGCUAGUUGGAUUUGAAGGAGUGCUCUCACAGGGGUCAACUUCAAGCCCGCUCCUAAGUCAGAACCUCGGACUUGCGGUGACCGCAACGGCGGCGAUGACCGAGGAUCAGCUGCGCUACUGCGUGAGGGAGCUGUCAAGCUAUCCGAAGAUGUUUGUGCGUGACGGUCUGACGCCUUUUAUCCAUCGGCGUCUAUACCACGAGCAAAUGCGAAAAGAGAUCCGGAGUGGGUAUUCUGUAUGCGCAGCAUACAUGAGCAAGAACUCUGCAAACGAGGACAUUGUCUUUCGUGUCCUGGAAGCCGCCGUCCAAGAGCUACUCGAACCGCCUACUUCAUGGGAUUUUGCAGAUAAUCUCGCGCAUGUUCAAGUCUUGAUACUAUUCCAAAUCAUCAGGCUGUUUGAUGGGAACAUCCGUCAGCGCGCCAUGGCUGAGCAGCAGGAGGCUAUCCUCGACGACUGGGUAGACCAGCUCCGGCAACGAACAACGAGCGAAGCACCUCUCAGUUGGUCGCCUUGGCAGCUAUGGAUCUUCACUGAGAGCGUCCGACGCACCGUCUUGUGCUCUUUCAUGUUGAAGGGCAUUUACUUUGCGAUGAAACAGGGCUACUGCCACGUCAUUGGGGUACUCUCUCAACUUCGGCUUUCACCUCAACCGGCACUUUGGGGCUUGCAGUCAAAGGCCCAAUGGCAGAUGGCCACAAAGAGUUCGGAACCUUCUCUUGUCACAUAUGAGAGUUUUGGAUUUCUAUGGGAAAGCGGUCGCAUUCCUGAAAUUGGGAGGUUCGAGAAGAUGCUACUGGUUGCUUGUAAAGGCGAGGAUAGGGUGGAAGAAGGGCUUCUUGAUCCUUUAAGGCGCACUCAACCGGAUCUUUAA